GUUUAAACCCGAUCUUCUUCUCUAACCCUGCCUUAAUCACGAAACAGUUCAACACAUAAUCACAUCAAAGAACAAUGAGGUUCCGCCUGAUUACCUUAUUGUUCUUCAUCUUCUUCAUCUUCAGCAUAAUUGUUGUUCUUGUUUCUGGCAAGGUUGAGUGGGACGAUGAAGUGGGGGCUUUGAUGUCAUUGAAAGCCGGCCUGUUUGAUCCGACUGGCCGGCUUAAUGACUGGAGGUUACCCGGCUCCGGUCACUGCAGGUGGACAGGAGUGGAGUGCAGCUCCAUUGAUGGAGCCGUUGAGAAUCUCCGCCUUUCCGGCAUGAAUCUCAGCGGUGCGAUAUCGGAGCAUAUUGCUUCUUUGAGAAGCCUAAGGUCUCUCGACCUGUCCGGCAAUGGAUUCUCGUCUCGUUUGCCUGAAUCUCUGUUCAAUCUCACUGAGAUUCGGAGCAUUGAUCUCAGCGGGAACUCGUUCAUAGGCGAGCUUCCUAGAGGAUUAUACUCUAUCACGAGGAGGCUGGUGUCGUUGAAUUUUUCCGGCAACAGCUUCUCCGGUUAUCUGCCGGAUGAACUCGGAAAUGCGAGUCUUCUGGAGAGCUUGGAUCUGAGGGGGAAUUUCUUUGAGGGAUCGAUUCCGGGUUCUUACUGGAAACUGGGGAAUUUGAAGUUCUUAGGGCUUUCAGGGAACAAUCUGACCGGGGAGAUUCCGAAAGAGUUGGGAGAGAUUUCGUCCCUGGAGACGCUUGUUCUAGGCUACAAUGAGUUUGAAGGAGAGAUUCCGGCGGAGUUGGGGAACCUGACGAAUCUCAGGUAUUUAGAUCUGGCCGUGGGGAAUCUCCGGGGGAGAAUUCCGGCCGAAAUCGGGAAUCUGAAGAUGCUGAACACUCUGUUCCUUUACCAGAACGCGUUCGAAGGAGAAAUUCCGGGAGAGGUUGGGAAUCUGACUUUGCUUCAGCAGCUGGAUCUCUCUGAUAAUAUGUUCUCCGGCGAAAUUCCGCCUGGAAUAUCGGAGCUGAAGAACUUGCAGCUACUGAGCUUGAUGAGGAACCGGAUGUCCGGUUCGGUACCCGACGGGGUUUCGAACUUGACCCGGCUGGGAGUUCUGGAGCUAUGGAACAACAGCUUUUCCGGAGCGUUGCCGGGGGAUCUCGGCCGGAAUUCCCCGCUGGAAUGGAUCGACGUCUCCACGAAUUCAUUCUCCGGCCAGAUUCCUCCGUCAAUCUGCGCCAACGGUAAACUGAAGAAGUUGAUUUUAUUCAGCAACGCCUUCUCCGGUCCCAUCCCGACCGGGUUAUCCGAAUGCGACUCCCUGGUUCGGGUCCGGAUCCAAAACAAUCUCAUCUCCGGUUCAAUCCCGCCCGGUUUCGCCAAGCUCCGUAAUCUCCAGAGGCUCGAAGCCGCAAACAACAGUCUCUCCGGCGAAAUUCCGGCCUUAAUAGCCGUCUCCCUCUCAUUCAUCGAUCUCUCCAGAAACCUUUUCCGGUCAUCUCUUCCUCCUUCCAUCUUCACCAGCCCUUCUCUCCAGAACUUCAUCGCCUCGAACAACGAAUUAACAGGAGAAAUCCCUGAUAAUUUCCGAGAAUGCCCCUCCCUCUCCGUUCUAGAUCUCUCCUCAAAUCAUCUCUCCGGUAUAAUCCCACCAUCCAUAUCCUCCUGCAACAAAAUGGUGACCCUGGAUCUCAGUAACAACAGAUUAAGCGGUUCAAUCCCGGAAUCAAUGGCGGACAUGCCUUCAUUAGCCAUUCUCGAUCUCUCAAACAACACCCUAACAGGCAGAAUCCCCUACAGCCUCGGCAACUCCCCGCCACUGGAGACACUCAACGUCUCCUUCAACAAUCUAGACGGAAUCAAUCCAAAUCGCAACACGCCGGAGCACAGGAAUCUCCGGACUGUAUCACCGGGAUGGCUGAUCGCGAUUUCCGCAUUCAUAGCGUUGGUUCUGGCCGGGAUCGGGACGAGAAUCGCGUACAAAAGAUGGUACGAGGAGGGAACGUGUAUGGAGGAGAGAAUCGAGACGGGGAAGGGGGAAUGGCCGUGGAGGCUGAUGGCGUUCCAGAGAAUAGGAUUCUCGAGCAACGACAUCCUGGCGUGCAUCAAGGAAUCGAACGUGAUCGGGACGGGGGCGACGGGGGCGGUGUACAAGGCGGAGAUGCGGUGGCUGAACACCACGGUGGCGGUGAAGAAGCUGUGGAGAUGGACGAAGGAGAUCGCCGAGACGGGAUCUUCUUCUUCCCCGAGAAGCGGGGAAGGGGAUCUGGUAGGGGAGGUGAACGUGCUGGGGAGGCUGAGACACCGGAACGUGGUGAGGUUGUUAGGGUUCCUCCACAACGAUCGGGAGGCGAUGAUCGUGUACGAGUACAUGGAGAACGGAAGCCUUGGGGAAGCUUUACAUGGCAAAAGGAUUCUUCUUGAUUGGGUCUCAAGGUACAAUAUCGCUCUUGGAGUGGCGGAGGGACUGACGUAUCUCCACCAUGAUUGUCGCCCGCCGAUCAUCCACCGCGAUGUCAAGUCAAAUAACAUCUUGCUCAAUUCCAACUUUGAAGCAAAGAUUGCUGAUUUUGGACUUGCAAAAUUUAUGCUCGCCAAGAACGAGACAGUUUCCAUGGUUGUAGGAUCUUACGGGUAUAUUGCCCCCGAGUACGGGUACACUUCGAAAGUCGACGAAAAGAGUGACAUUUAUAGCUAUGGGGUCGUCUUGAUGGAGCUCGUAACGGGGAAACGGCCAUUGGAGCCCGAGUUUGGAGAGUCAGUGGACAUUGUCGAAUGGGUGCACAUGAAAAUAAGAGAAAACAAGUCAUUGGAGGAGGCGGUAGAUCCAAACGUAGGCAACAACAGACACAUACGAGAAGAGAUGUUGUUAGUGUUGAGGAUUGCCUUACUCUGUACGGCCAGGCUACCCAGGGAGAGGCCCUACAUGAGGGACGUCCUGACCAUGCUCAAAGAGGCAAAACCCCGACGGAAGGACAAUGACACACUUGCCUUGCCAGUGGUGUUUCACGCGUCGCUGCCUGUAAAUGGUCAUUUGUAAUUAAGAAGACAAGAAAAGAAUUCAAUGUAU